UAGGGCUCGGCGAACCACAGCCACACGUCACCUGGAGCAAAGUGGGGGGCCGGAUCCGCCCGGGGGUGCUGGUUCGUGCCGGCACCCUGACCAUUGAGCGGGUGGAGCGGGCGGAUGCAGGGCAGUACCGCUGCACUGCUACCAAUUCUGUGGGCACCGUGCAGUCCCACGUCAUCCUUCACGUGCAGGCCGCCCCACACAUCGCCGGGCAGCCAGAGCAGCGGCGCCGAUUUUAUUUCCUUUGGGCUGGUGGGCGGGCGGCCCGAGUUCAGGUUCGAUGCUGGCUCUGGCAUGGCCACCAUUCGGGACCCGACACCGCUGCGCCUGGGCAAGUACCACACCGUGCGCCUCUUCCGUAACCUGACACGAGGCUCACUGCAGGUGGACGGGCAGCCCCCUGUUAACGGGACUUCACAGGGCAAAUUCCAAGGGCUGGACCUGAAUGAGGAGCUGUACCUCGGUGGGUACCCUGAUUACACCGUCGUGGCCAAGACAGGGCUGAGCCGUGGCUUUGUGGGCUGCGUGCGCCAGCUGCGCAUCCAGAACGAGGAGGUGGCCUUUGGGGAGCUGGACCUGCCGGCACACGGCGUCUCCAACUGUCCCACGUGCCAGGACCAUCCCUGCCAGAAUGGCGGCAUCUGCGAGGACGCUGAGAGCAGCAGCUACAUCUGCCAUUGUCCCCAAGGCUUCACUGGCAGCAACUGCGAGUACUCACAGGCCCUGCAUUGCCACCCAGAGGCGUGCGGGCCUGACGCCACCUGCAUCAGCCGGCCAGAUGGGCAGGGCUACAGCUGCCGCUGCCACCUGGGCAAGAUGGGGGAGAGGUGCACUGAAGGGGAGGCAGUGAGCGUGCCAUCCUUCGAUGAGGCGGGCGCCUUCGUCUCAUACCCACCCCUGACCAACGUGCACCAUGAGCUGCGAGUGGAGGCCGAGUUCCUGCCACGUGCACCGGACGGACUGCUGCUCUUCAGUGCUGGCAAAGCCUCCCCAGUUGAGGACUUUGUUGCCCUCGCCAUGGUCAGCGGCCACCUCGAGUUCCAUUAUGAGCUGGGCUCAGGUCCCCAAGGAGUCCUGGUGCCCCCAGACUUCCCUGGGGGUGAUGGCAGCGCUGAGUCAUGGCAUCACUGCAGGCACAGCGGUGCUGUGGAGCGUCGAGCCGCUGGCACUGGGCCGCUGGCACCAGGUGACAGCUGA